GUGCCGCCGGCGCUGUCACUGGAUGCUCUACUAGCUCAGCUGGAUGAGGAGGAUGCCAGUUGCGUGCCGGAGGCGAACGUUCCGAAGUCCAGAAGUCGACAGGAACUGCAGGAAUCGCGACCAGAGAAGACAAAUCCACGAAGGCCGUAUUACUACGACCCCCGCUUCUCAGAGGCCUCUUCAGCGGCACACCGACGCAGCGAGGCCUUCGAGAACAUCCAAAACCAAUCCCUGCGAGAGGAUGCUCAAACCAUCUCGCGGCAGAAGCCAAGGAGCGCUGAAACGCGCAAGCCUAGCCAUUGGAAUUUCAGUUUCAAUGUGAACCGAGAGGUGGUGGGUGCUGAGUUGCUGGAGAUGGGGGAGGAUGGAGAGCUUCAGCCUCCAGCCCAAGAUCCCAAAAGCCUGCCGCGCACAGGUAAAGGAAAAGCGGAGCCUCUGCCUGGCCUUCCCGGCCUUCGGCAAGGGCCGUUGAGGACCGAGCCGGGCUUAGCAAGGCCUGGAAGCACAGCUCUGCACACUUCCGACUUAGCCAUGGGGUGUCAAGGAAGCAAAGAAGUGGUGAAUGACGAAGAAAGGCUGUCUUUCCUUUCCAAAGUCGAGCUCUUCAAACGAUUGCCACGGGACGAGUUGCCAGCAUUGGCAAAGUCGGCUGUAGUGGUGUCGUUCCAAAAAGACAAGGCCAUCAUCAAGCAGGGCGAUGAAGGCCACGAAUUCUUCGUCAUCAAGAAAGGAUCUGCAGGUGUGGAUGUGAAUGGCCAGAGAGUUGCUACUCUCAAGGCUGGCGACUACUUCGGGGAGAACGCCUUGUUGAGAGAUGAGCCCCGCACAGCGACCAUCACCGCAGCCAGCGACGUCCAAGCCUUGAAGAUCACUCGAGAUAAAUUUGUGAGUCUUGGCCUUCACACCAAAUUGGAGUUUGGCAAACGAGGCGCUGUGGGUGGUGGAGCUGCAGCCAAUGCCGAGAUCAAACCGCCCAGCAGCAAAAGCGACGCCGAGAAGCAAUUGAUUGCCAAAGCACUGAAGGAAAACGUGAACUUGAACACGAUCGCGACUUUGGAUGAUGAAAGGGUGAAAGCGAUCGUGGAUGUCAUGUGGAAGGAGGAGGUUCCCAGUGGGAAGGCAAUCAUUCAGCAGGGAGACCUGCAGGCUGACUAUUUCUAUGUGGUUCAGUCUGGCAGUUUCCAAGUCUCCAAGACCGAAGCUGCUGCAUCUGCUGAGAAGGUGGCCUCUGCUGCGCUUGGCACAAUCGAGGCCGGCGGCAGCUUUGGUGAGCUUGCUCUGCUGUACUUUGCCCCUCGUGCCGCCACGAUCACGGCCACUGCGGAUGCCGUUGUCUUUGUGACAGCUCGUCAGCAGUUCAAGGAGCUCCUCAUGAAGGCCAACCAGCGCGAAACGGAGGAGAACAUGAAGCAUGUGAGCCGCUGCGAUUGCUUCGCCGCACUGAAGGAGUCGGAAAAGAAGGAAUUGGCUGCUGCGUUCCUCGAGAUGACUUUCAGCAAGGACGAAUUGGUCUUUGAACAAGGCGAGCGAGGAACGCAGUUCUUCCUCUUGGUUGAGGGUGAAGUCAGUGUUGUGAAGGAUGGGAAGGAAGUGUCCAAAAUCAAGGCAACUCCAGAAAAGGCAACAUACUUUGGUGAACGAGCUCUGCAGCAAGAUGAACCUCGUGCUGCCACCAUCAAGGUGAUUUCCCCUACCGCCAAGACUCUAUGGAUUGACAAAGAGUCCUUCGAGAUUCUCAUUGGUUCUUUGGAGGACCUGAUGAAACGCGGCAAGGACGGCACUGCUGCGGUGAAGAAGGCCACGGUGGCUCCAAAGGCUGGCGAUUCGAAGCGCUUUGGAAACAUCAAAUUCAAGGACCUGAAGAAACUUGGACUUCUUGGAUGUGGUGGCUUCGGGGCAGUGGAAAUGGUGGAAGAUCUGAAGACGAACGAGACGUAUGCUUUGAAGAACUUGAGCAAGGGCUACGUGGUGAAGAGUGGCAUGCAGAGCAGUGUCAUCAGCGAGAAGAACGUCCAGUUGAUGUGUGAUUCACCAUUUGUGGUGAAGCUCUACGAAACCUUCAACUCCGAUCAACAUCUCCACCUGCUGCUGGAGCUGGCGCUGGGAGGUGAACUCUACGCCACCUACAACAAACGGAAUCUUUGGGGUCAGGAGAAAUGCGCGAAGUUCUACGUGGCGGGCACCGUCUUCGCUUUCGAGCACCUGCACGGAAAGAAGAUCAUCUUCCGAGAUUUGAAGCCUGAAAAUCUGCUCUUGAAUGACAAGGGCCACGUGAAGCUUACGGAUAUGGGCCUUGCCAAGGUUUGCCCAGGAAAGACCUACACAACCUGUGGCACACCAGAUUAUUUCGCACCUGAACUCAUCGCAUCGAAAGGCCACAAUCUGGCGGUGGACUGGUGGUGCCUGGGGAUUUUAACCUUUGAGCUCUGCUCUGGGCACCCGCCCUUCGAGUCCGCCACACCCAUGCAGAUCUACUCCAAGGUGCAGAAGGGCAUCCAGAAGGUGGUCUUCCCCAAGAAGUUGAAGGGAAACAUCGAGGCCUUGGUCAAGGGCCUCUGCAACGCCACGCCCAGUGAACGGCUUCCGAUGAAGAAAGGUGGCACUCAGAAUAUCAAGAAUCAGGCGUGGUUCGAGGGUUUCGGCUGGGAUGAGAUGGCUAAUUUCACGCUGACACCUCCCUACAAGCCCACCGUGAAGAGCAAGAAGGACGCUGCCAACUUUUCCGCCAACAAGGAGGACAUGCCUCCGCAGAUUCCAUACAAGGAUCCAAAGACUGGAUGGGACCAGGACACGAGAUCGACGAUGCCGACGAUACCAUCUUCGUGUCGAUACAAGAGACAGAGAUGUGAGAUAUGUGUGAGUUGUGUGAACACCAUGACACGGUGA